UCUUUCCUUAACCGCGCGUUACAUAAAAACUCAAAAGCAGAGACGAAGCAGAGAGCGAAGAGUAACGCUCGAAGGAAAGGCGCGCUCUCCUCCACCUCACCACCGAAACCGAAAGCCCUAGCUCGCCACAUCCUCCUCCUCCGCCUUCUCUCUCCGUCCUCUGAUCGUCAUUUGCUAGGCCUCCGCUGCGGUGAUGGCGUCUGAGGCUACACAUCCACCGUCGAGCAGCUCCAACGCGGCUGAUUCGUUCAUUGGGAGCUUGGUAAGCUUGAUUUCCAGGUCCGAUAUCCGUUAUGAGGGCUUCCUGUAUUGCCUCGACGUCAAGGAUGCCACCAUCGGCUUAAAGAACGUAAAAUCUUAUGGAACUGAGGGGCGGAGGAAAGAUGGACCUCAAGUUCCUCCAAGUGAGAAGGUCUACGAGUUUAUUCUUUUUCGAGGAAGUGACAUCAAGGAUUUGCAAGUAAAGUCUUCCCCACCUGCUAAAUCAGAAGAACAACUUUACAAUGAUCCGGCUAUAAUCCAGACGCACUACCCUGGGGUGUCUUUUUCAUCACCCCCAGUCGCAGUUGGUGGCAAAAGUCAGUUCCAUGACUCUCCUGCUGUGAUAACUAGAGUGAAGCCAGAAGAGCUGCAUCCUUAUCAGUCUGGAGUGCAUCUUAGUGUAGUGCAUCAAACUCAAUCUGCUCAGAGUCUUUCUGCAUCACGAUUCUCAACACCAAUUUCCUUGCAAAGUUACAAUAGGGCAGUCAUCAGUCCUGUUGACCAUACACAUCAUAGCAUCCCUUCAUUGUCCCAGCCCAGUCCAUUAGUUCCUGGGACAGUGCAAAAUCAAGUCCAACUUUCUGACCAUCAGUCGUCUGUCUUGACUACCACAUCUGAAGGCACUAAUCCCAUUCCUACAUCAGUAGCAUCAUUUCCUGUACAUCCAACUCUUUCAUCUUCUCCAACACUAAUGCAACUUUUCAACUCCCCUGUUCUUUCAUCAUCCACCCCAAACUUGUCCCUAUCUCCUUUUUCACCAUUGGUCCCUUCUAAUAAUCUAGCUAUGCCACCAAUGGUUAACAGUCAGGCAGUUCCUGACCGUUCCUUGGCUUAUCCUGCUGCCUCUGGAAGACCUACUUUAGGUCCCCCGCUAACACCACCGCCGUCUACCCCAGCACCAAAUCAAUUGGCACAACCUGGAUUCAAUGUACUUCCUCAAAUGCAGAAACGUGUCUCUAACAAUUAUAUGGGCACUGCAAUGCCAGCAGAAGCUGAUAUAUUCUCAAUUUCUAGCCAAACUCCUGGAAAACCACUAUUGCCACCUCCAACUCCUGCACCCCAGCCUGAAAGUGAAGGUUCAUUUGUUAGCAAGGCUCAUCCCAGCAAAUACGCAACAUAUUUCGUGGAGAGUCUAAUAUGUUGCCUUGUCAACUUGCUGCCACAGCAAAACUCUUCCGCUCCAUUCACCGAAGAAUUUGAUUUUGAAGCCAUGAAUGAGAAGUUUAAAAAGGAUGAAGUAUGGGGUGCCCUUGGAAAGUUAGAUAAAAGGGAUAUAGCUGAAACUGAGGAGUCUGCAUUUGAUCAAAACUUUGGGGUUCGAGAGAGCAAUGGCCUCUCAGUGAAGAACAGUGCCACGGCUGCAUAUAAGAAGGAUGAUUUCUUUGACAUGAUAUCCUGCAAUUCACUAUCUCAAGGAGCAAGGACUGGUCAGAACAGAUUCUCCGAGAGGAUGAAGAUGGAUGCUGAGACUUUUGGUAACUUUCGGGUCAGGCCUCCUCAUCAAAAUUAUGGUACCUAUGGUGCUGGCCGUGGUCAGAAUUACCGCGGUCAGUACAGCUGGGGAAGAGGAUAUGGCUAUGGCGGGAGAGGGAACAGCAGAAACAUGCCCUAAUGAAAAUAGAGUUUUCAACUACGUCCUCUUCCAUCAUAGUAACUGCUUCUCGUCUCUUCUUUCCUCAUGAUUUCCGUUUGCACUUGGAAAUAGACAAUCCGACUAUUUGAGAAGAGCAGUACCAGUCGCCAAGUACCAUGUCAAUACUUGAGACAAGUGGCAGGAACCAGGUUUAUUUUGUGCAGAGCUGGUGGUUCAUAGUCAAUUUCUUUUUUCUUUCCCAUUCCUUGAUUUGGCCUUUCGGUUUUAGGAACUUGAACUUUAUAUUCUCGUUAACAUCAGUGUUAACUGAGAAUGUAUGUGUUGUUGACCAUACAUUUUGUAUAUAUCCUAAGGGGGAUAGACUAUGCCUUUGUCCAGAGUACAGUUUCUUCUAGUUAGCGGGGGUUUUCACCUGCUGCUUGGAAUCUAAUUUAUGAUGAAUACUGUUGAACUUGUCACGUGCUUUUAUUUUAUUGCUGGCUUGGAUUU